UACCGUGUGCGCAACACUAAUGUCUAACUUUUGUAGUCGCGGGAAGUCUACGAAAUUUUUGUCAAGCUUGUUAUAAAUCAAUUGUGAACUUUUAAGGGGCUAAGCUUGUUGCCUUGUUGGAUUACAAUUCCAACAGUGUCUACAUAUUCAUAUUUCUUUUAAAUGUGUACUGCGGUUUUACCGAUUCUACGAAGAUAAUAUGGCUAAGAACUGGUUGAUUUCCCAGGAGUUUAUUUGGAGAAAUGCUGCAGCAGCUGUUUGGACUUGGGUAGUUAAUUCAUCUUGGCUUUUGGUUGCUUUAUUUGUAUGGACAUUUACACCUUCAAAUCAUAUUUAUGCUGUGUAUGAUUAUUUUCUUCUCCUUUUUUCAUUCCGUGUUUGGGUUUUGAUCUUUUGCAUAUCAUGUCUUAGUUCAUUGUUUGUCAAGCUACACAUGCAAGGCUCCAAAGUGACAUGCAAAUUGCCAACGACUCGUUUUCAAUCUCUGGUUGCCAUGUUUAGUUUCAAACGGAUAUUCCUAACCAUGUGUCAUGGGGUUCUAUGUGGGGUUAUCACAGCUUUCCUAGCGGGUAUUACGGAAAGCAAAUUUUCCACUGUUUAUAUUCAGUGCAAGAACACGCCUGAUUAUGUGUGUCUAAAUGAAUCAUGUUACAUAUUGAUACUAUUUGGUUCUGUGGUUGGUGCAGCCAAUUUUGUUUCAAGAUCUAACAAGCAUCUGUAUUGUCUUAACUUCCCAAUAGUGCAGCAAGCCCGUUUUAUUUCCAUAAAAUGCAACUUCCAUCAAAUGUUGGUACAAAGUUACAAAACGUGUGCGAAGUUCUUACAGUAUUUUCUAAUCUUCUAUUACUUGAUUGGAUAUUUAACAAGAGAAUUUGUUGCUGAUCUCUUCAGAGCUGGACCAUGUGAUGGCCAUAUUGUAAGUACCUUGAACAUUAUGGGGGUUAUAUCACUUGCAUGGACACUGUGGGUAUCUGGUACAAUAUUGCUGCUUCUUCAUGAUGUAUCUUGGCAUCUAUUCAAUAUUUAUGCAACUAAGAUGUUUCCAUUUCGAAUGGAUUCUGUCUUCCCAGAAGACAAACCAAAGAUACUGACAUCAAAUCUCACCUCGGACCAACCACUUCUUGUUCAGCACUUAGCGUUCCAGUACUUGAGUAGCAUUGCAAGUUCUUCAAGCAUUAAAAGGAAACAAAUCUACAUUAUCUCCCAUGACACCGGUAGUGCUAACCAACCAAAAUGGAACCUUAUUUUGGACGAAUGCCUUGCACGACUGAAGAAAUUAACCACAAGUAUAAAAGACCACAAACAAAUUGCUUUGAGAAUGGAACAAAAUAAAGUGAAAACGACAAAAUCUUCUAAAUCUUCAUCAUCCUCUCAAUCCUCGUCCGGUCAAUCACCUGCACCAGAUUCGUCUCAGUUUAUGUCCGUUUCUGCAUUCAACCAUCGACCUAAGUCAUGUGACACGUUAGACGGAGUGAACAUGUCUUGCUUUGACGUAUCUUCACUGAAUACUACAAACGCUGGCAACCCACUUAACUCACCCAAUUUAAACGGGUCAAUGCUGACUGUUCCAACACCAAAGCUAUGGACAAAACAAAUACGAAAGAGAGCUGCAUUGCAUUCAAAUGUUUCUAGUCCAGUGCCAAUCAUCCAACCUUAUCAGGAGGUCCCACAAGUGCCAUACAAAACACUGAACAGUCAAAUCCAAGCAUUAUUACAACGUGGAGCUUCCGCCAUUAAAAAGUUUCCAGUGGUAUCUUUUUUGUUCAAUGAGAUUCCCAGCCACAGCAUGGCAAACUUAUAUUCGGAGCACAAUAUUUAUCGUUGGUCAAUUCGUAGUCUGUCUUCAUUAUCUGCAUACUCACUUAAUGAAGAUGACUACGGUGUCGUGCAACGUCGUUUACAUGAAGUUAUUAACUGCUUGUUGGAUUUAGUCGUUACGCUUGAUAAACACGGAAAAGUCCUUCCUAUUUGUACUUCAGAGACAACAAACCUUAUGUUGCGCCAACAGCAAAGCAUCAAAAACGAAGCGAAAAGUGCAGUGUACAGAAUAACGGACACUUUCUCUACACAGCUCGAGUCAAUUCCAGUAGACGCGGAAUUUCGACGUAAACUACGAUCUUUUGUCGAGCAUCAGGAAUAAAGUAGACUCUAUGUUGCAGCGAAUGGCUAGCACAAAUAAACAAGGCCAGACUGAGUUCAUCGUGACGUUAAUAAAAGUUCUUCUAAAAAUCGAAAAAAUGCGGCCUUUCUGUACCAUUUCUUGUAUGAUGUUUUCUUGUGUUUGGUGCGUAUGUGGUAAGGUGGCUAUUACUUUUCCUCUGCGACAGUGAGGCUCAUUCUAGCAUUCUUCUUUGUUUAGUCAUCACUGGUCAAGCAGACGUGAAAAACACGUUCUCCCGGCAAUGAAUUAUCACCCGACCGAUCGACACGUACACUGAGGCCCAAAAUAACUCGCAAAAUGUCAACCGACCAAAAUAUCGUGCUUAACCAGUGGGUCACGUCAUUUCCACUUCAUGUGUAACGGCCGGGACUUGGUGAAAGCCCUGCUCUUUAAACAGACUUAUUAAUCAUACAGAAUGGCCUAAAAGCCGCUACUAACUUGUAAGUUCACGAUUUCUGUCGUAAAAUAAGAGAACUGUAAUCACGUUACACCUAAGACCCCCUAGUUUCGAAUAUAUUCGCUAUUUUUUUUCUUUAAGCAGAUGCGGUAUUGGAAUAGGAGUUAUUUUUGCCACUUUAAAGCUAAAACAUGAAAGUUUCGGGUAAUUGCCGCUAAUUUGUUACCUUCCUAUUGUAGCCAUGUUUGUAUGACAACGAUCCUCGUGUUUGUUUGUUCCUUUGUUCGCCCAGCGAAACAUGCCUCCUGUCACCGAACACCAGCCUUUCAUUCUCCUUUUGUUUUUACGUUUGCCUCGUUGACGACAAUCCAUAUGGCGAUCAGUUUGCACAACCUU